GAUGUUUUUAAUAUAAUUGAUAUAGUCAUAUUUGAUUGUAUAAAGUAAUAUUGUGUUAUGACUGCAUUUAAUUUAUAUUAUUUAUAUUAUGCCAAAGAUUAUUGAUUAUAAAAGUUGAGGUUAUGAAAAUGUUUAGUUUUUAACAAUAUUAUUAUGGAUCCAUUGGAUAACGACUUCGAUUCAGAUAAAAUUGAUGGUUCAAUUGAUGAUUUAUUGAAGAACUUACCAUUAGAUGUACCAAAAAUGGAGAGUACGGAAAGCUCUAUAUCAGAAGACAUAAAACAAAUUUUAACAGAAUCUCAUUCAAGUGAUAAAGAUAUUCAAAAUGUUAGCUUAGAACGAAAUUGUUUGGCAAAGAGCUUAGAAGUGACUGAGAUACCUAAAACUGAAUUAUAUGAAACUGGAGUACCUUCAAUAAGUGAUCAUUCAGUGAAGUUUUCCGUUACAAAAUCACCAUUAAAUAGCCCUACUCAUAUAUCUAAAGAAUUUAGUCCUGAAGUAACAUUUGAAUUGCAGUUAAGCCCUGAAAUAAAAUUCAAUGUCAGUGAAGUUGAUCUUGAAAAUGAAUCAUUGAAUGAAGUAGAUUUUAGUAAUGCUACAAAGUACAAUAGAAAAUUUCAUUCGCUUGUUUGUGCUAAUGAGAAAAAAAUUGAAUUGAUUAAAAAAAGCAGAUCAUUAGAUGAAGCAACCAUUCCUACAGUUCCAAUGUUGAAUUUAAAAAGUGUAAUGUUAGGUGAAAAUAGUAAAGCUGAUGAACAAAAUGAAAAUGAGCGUGUUUUUGAAACUAUAUCUGUGAAAGAUGAUAUAAAUACACCCAAAACUAUAUCACAAUGCCAAUACUCUUUCAGCAAUGUGGACCCACAAAAUUUGGAUUUAAACAACAGUGGUUGUGACGGAAAUUUGAUGCAGUCGCUGCUCAAUUCAAUUGAUACAGGAACAACUUCAACGGAAUACAAAGCUUUAUGUGAAGAGUUUACUGCAAGACAAAAUUUUGAUUACCAAAGUGCCUUAAAUGAAAAAGAUGAGUUUAUACAAACAUUAACAAAAUCUUUACAAGAGUCUAUGGAAGUUCAGAAAGAAUUAAACAAAGAUGUUUCUAAUUUGCAUAAUGAAUUGGAUCAGUUGAGGACAAAAUUGGCAGAAGUAGAAAGAGCUAAAACUUCUUCUAAAGAAUCGCCGUCAACUGAAAGUAUGGAGGAUAAAAAAUAUAAUGAAGAUGUAAUGAGAGUAUUGCAAUCGGCACACAUAAGUCGUGUGCUUGUUAACAGUGAAUUACAAAAAUUUGCGAAAGAUUUAACUCCAAUUCAAAGAUUAGAGUUUGAUGAUAUAAAAUAUAAAUUUGAAAUUCUUUUAAAACAUGAAAAAGAUGAGCUAAAACAGGAAUAUGAAGAACAAAUUCGUACUUUACAAGAUACUUUAAAAAAUGAGAAACAAGAAUUAGAAAAUGAGAUAAGUCGAUUGCGCCAAGCUUUAUGUGAAUUCAAAGAUUCGGGUACUGAUAUCUUACAAAUAAAGGAACAUCUUCAAGAGCAGCAUAAGAAAGAAGUGGAAGAUCUCAGAACUUAUUUUGAAAAAAAAUGUGCAGAUAUGGAAAAACAUUAUUCUGAGGAAAUAUUUAGCCAGCAAAGUCAACGUGUAUCGGUAGAUUCUUCUUUAGAUGGAGACAUAGGGGAUUUAUUAUACAAUCCUGAUAUUCCUGAGAAAUAUCAGGGCAAUAAUGUUAUUAGUACACUCGAAAGCGAUGAACAAGGUGCUGGUGAUGCUGCAAAUGCCAACCUGGAACCUGCUAAAACACUUGCACAAAAUACAAACUUCAACAACAGGCCUGAAAAUAAUCAAAAUUGGGAAGUUUUGCAAAAUUCCUUUAAUGAAAGUUUAAGUCAAAUAACUGGUAGACAUGCUUCUCAUCUGAAAACUAUUGAAUUACAUUUUAUUUGUGAAUUAGCAGCUCUUAAAUUUAACAUGCUUUUGGAACAAGAUCCUAAAAAGGUUGAUGAUUUAAUUCAAGAAAUAUUAGAUCAAGCAGAACAUCAAUUACAAGAGCAAGUAGAGACCGUAAGACUGGAUAUUCUUGGGGUUUUAGAGCAACAAUUGAAGACGUUACAACAGAAUUUGUCAUCGGGAAAUGAAGCACAGGUAGUCGAUGAGAUGACGCAAAUAAAAGAUAAAAAAUCUGAGGACCCGCAGAUAGAAAUCAUGAAACUUAAAACAUCUCACCAGAAUGAGAUACUAAAAUUGAGGAAUGAUCAUGAAAAACAACUCAAUAGAAAAUUGCAAAGAAAUACAACAUUUGAUAAAAAUAGGGACUUAGGGGAAGUGUUUAAGGAAAGAAAUAGCUUACGGAAGGUUAAUCGUACGUUGCACUUAUUAAUAACUGAAUUGAUAAGCUAUGUCAGCGAUUGCGAAACUGAAAUUAAUAAUGCAUUUUGGAGCAAAUUGGAAAAUUUGGAACAAAUCUGUGACAACACAGUUGAUGAAUCUAUCCAAAAUGCUACAAUAUCGUCUGAUUUAAAUCAAUCUUGUAUUACAAAAGUUGGUGAAAGACAUGUUCAUUUUGCUCCUGACAUUAGCCAAUUUCUGGAUCAAUUAAAAGAUGAUUCAAUUCUUCAAAAUUUGGAGCUUGAAAAAAGCGUGACUGUUGAUUUGAAAACGGAGCUCAACAAUUGUUUAGAUCGUCUAAAAUCGGAAGCAUCUGCUUUACUACAGUUGACAAACACUACCAAAGCAGUUGAUCAUAAUAUUUCUUGUAAUAUUAACGAUGAGAAAAUUAUGCAUUUGAAAAAUUUGGAUGGCAUUUUAUCUCAUGUAGAGGAACUUGAAAAGGAGAAACAGGAGAUAAUCGCUAAAUUGAUCGAGGUCCAAGGAGAACGUGAUGAUUUGAAAGUGCAACUUGCAACGGCAACCAGCAAAAAUGAAAUUAUAUCUGAAGGGUAUGGAGGACAUUCACCUAUUCGUAAUCUUCUUGUUAAACAAUCAACAUUUGCAGAGUUACGGCAAAGAGCAACGUUGUUAUUGAGUUCGCCAAUGAAAGAAUCUUCAGAUAUGGUAAAUACACCGCUACUACAACUGUUCGAGGAUCUUUGCCGUGAAGGAGAUCGUAUGUAUGAGGAAUCCACGCAGGAUAGGGAAGACUUGCAGUUGCAGAUUGAAGCAGCAGACAAACAGUUGCGCUCAACGCGCCAAUUUCUAGAAGACCAAGCAGCUGAACGAGAGCAGGAAAGAGAUGAUUUUACCCGUGAAAUUAGUGAACUGAAGGCCAAGCUUAAAGAUCGCGAUAAAGAGAGGCAUGUACAUGGAACAGCACUUAAGGAGGAUCACAAUGUAGUUGAAAGAAAAUACUUGAACGAUCAAAUGAUAAAUUUGAGUGACAUCAUUCGGGAACUAGAAAACCAAUUGGAAGCUAAAUCUUUAAACGAAAAAAAUCAUGAAAAACAAAUAUCAGAUCUGCAUAACGUGAAUGAAGAACAGAACAAAAAGUACGAGUCGCUUGCCAAGGAAUUUAACGCGCAACACCAAUCUGAUGUUCAGACAUUGAAUGAGAAAAUUUCUAACUUAGAAGAUCAGUUACAUAAUCAUAGACAGACUACAGAAAACACCACGGCCAUUCUCGAGGUGAAAAAACAGCUUGAUGAUAUUGGGUCAUGCAUAGAUUUGAAAACAAAGCAAUUAGAAGCUUUACAUGCAGCAGUCUAUUCCACCAGUUGCAGUUCUGAAGAUGUAUCCAUGGGAGAUCGAAAAUUGGGUAGAAAAAAUAACUUCAAUCUAAAUGAUGAGAGUUCUUUGAAUGAGAGCAGUCCAGUUGAUAUUUUGGAUCAUUUACAACAUAUCCAAGAGAAAUUAACUAGACACUGGAGAGUGGAAGAAGCGGUUUUAAAACAAAUAAGGGAUCUAGAAAUGCAGAUAGCAGCUUUGAAACAUACAUGCUCGGAACUAAAAAAUGAAAGGGAUCUUUUACACGAACGCUCGCAGCAGCAGAUCAUAGAUCUGUCUUCAUUACAGUCGCGUUUAGAUGAUCAGAGGCGGAGAGCCGAUUCCAUUCACAAACAGAGUACUUCAGACCUACAUUUACAAAUACAUAAUUUGCAGAGUGAUUUGGCAAGUACCAAAGAACAGUUAAUCAAUAAAAACCGCCGAAUUCAAAACUUAGAGCAUAUUGUUGAAGAAAGUAGAAUAAAAACAACUCCUGAUAAUUCAAGAGGUAGAGAUAUGACAAAGCUCUCGGAAGAAGUUCAUGUAUUAUUUGAAGAGAACAGACAACUUCGGGAAAGAUUGGAAAAUGAAGAAAUUGUUGAAAAGUCUGCAAGAGAUUUUAUAGACAUCAGAAUAGAAGAAAAAGAUGCUGAAAUCAAUGCAUUAAAAGAAAGAUUAGACAGAACUGUUCAAGAGUUAGAGAUAUUUUUACAGCUGCAGUUAUCAGAUGAGGAAAUAAGAAAACUUAAAAUGUUGAAAGAAAAGAAAGACAAACAAAAUGGUACUAAAUUGAGCGCGAGGACUUUGAGUGAUAUUGUGUCUAUAUCAGAUUAUGAUGAAUUAGAUGUUAUGAGAAAAGAUGAUACAAGGUUUGAAGGUGACCUCAUAGGCAGCAUGCAAAAACCCGAUAUGAAUUAUUCUCCUCCCUUUACUUUUAAUCAGUUUAAUAUGAUAUCAAAUGAUGAUAUUCAAUUUCGUUCCUUAACUUGUAACAAGAAUUUAACAGACGUGGCCGCCAAUGAAAAAUCUAUUGGUCAAGGUGAUGGUUCCCCAGUAUUACAACAAAAAUUAGAUUUAAUACCAGAAAAUGAAGAAUGUUCAAUUUCUGAAAAAAAUAUUAUACAAUUCCAACUGCAGAAUGAAAUUGAGCACCUGAAAAUUUUACUGGAAAACAAAAUUGAAGAGUUAGCUAGUUAUAAGCAACAAUUGACUUGUAUACCACUUUUGGAGGAAGAAAUGCAAAAGUUGCAAGAGAAUUUGCAAGAUACAUUAAAAACUAUUGAAGACGACAAGAUUAAGUUUGAAAAAAUAAUUCAAUCCGAAAAUGAGAAUAAAAAGAUAAUGCAAAAUAUGCAAGUAGAUUUAAUGAAAAAGUAUGAAGAGAAUAAUAAUCUUAUAGAAAGCAAUAAGCAGAAAGAUCAGGAGUUGAGAAGCCUGGCAUUAGAAAAGCAAGAUAUUCAAAAAAUGUUAGAUGAUCUAGCUGCAGAAUAUAAAAAUUAUGAUCAAGUUCUACAAGAAAACAAGAACCUUAAGGAUAAAAUUUGCGAAAUAGACUCAUUGCAAAUAGACUUGUCUCAAAAACAAACACAAAUUGAAAAACAUCAAAAGGAUUUGCUUGCAAAAGAUCAAGAAUUGCUUACUUUGCGAGAUUAUACUGAACUGUUGAAAGAGACCAUAAAAGAGAAAGUAGAUUUAUUAAAUGAAUUGAAUCAAGAAAUUGGUUACCAUCAAGGCAAAAUAAAGGAACAAAAUAACCUUAUAGACAAAUUAACACAUGAAUUGAGCAAUUUCAAACAUCUUCAAAAUACUCCUGAGUUUGCAAAUGAGGAUUUAGAAAAUGUUUACAAAAAUGAAUUGAAAGAUCGCGAUGAGCAAAUUUUACAUUUUAAAGAGCUUUUAGAAGAGAAAGAAAAGAUUAUAGAUCAUAUAUCUAAAGACAGUGAUAACUUGCAUGCGGCUCUAGCAACAAUACAAAAUAAAUUAAAGGAGUCGGGUAAUAUUUUAGAUUUGGCUAUGAAAUUGAAAAAUGAAUUAAAGAAGAAUGAAUUAUUAGCUGUGGAAGUAGAACAGUUGCGUAAAGUUGUAACUAGAUUAGAAAACAAUGCCAGUCCACAACAAAUAGAUGAUAUAGAAAAACAAGUGCAGAGAGAAUUGGACGAGUCUAUAAAAUUGGAUAAUAGUCUUAUAAAAGUUAUAGAGAACGAUGAUUUUAUAUCAGAUGAUAAUGAACAAGUUUCUACUAAUAAAAGACUUACAACUUUAUUAUCCCAAAAUGAAGUUUUGCAAACAAAGCUCGAUGAAGAAGUCAAACGUAAUGUUAAACUUAUGGUUAGUAAACAGACCUUAUUGCUAGAAUUAAAAAAUUUAGAAGAUAAACUUAGAAAAGAAGAGGAAAUCAAUACUAAUUUACAUAAAGAAUUACAACAAGAGAUGAAUAAGAACAACGAGAUACAAAUGCAAGAUGCUGCAAUAAUGGAAGCCAUGAGGUUGCGUUUAGAAAAUGCUUUGGAUAAAGAGAAUAUGCUAAAAAGAAAUUUAAUUGAAAAAGUUACACAAAAUGAAAAGAUAACAGGAAAAGAAUUGAAGGUUGAAUUUAGCAGUGAUAAAUCCAGUAAUGAAAUGCAUGAAGAACUUCUAGCUGAGUUGAAAAGUUUAAAGAAAGAAUUAUCUGUUCAAUAUGAUGUUAGUGAUAAAUUAACUAGUGAGUUAGUAGUUUUAAAAGCUCAAGUAAAUUCAGAAAAAAAUAAAUUGCACGAAGCGGAAAUCUUGAUUGCUAAAGAACGUGUGGAAUUUAAAUAUGAAGUAGACAACAAAAAUCGAUUAAUUGGAGAAAUAAAAAAUGAUUUAGGACGUUUGAAAGAACAGAAAGCAAAACUGGUUAGGGAAUUAUAUGAGACAAAUCAAAGAUCAAUUCAGCAGUGUGACCGUAUAGCUAGUUUAGAAAGUCAAUUGAAAACCAUACAGUUAACAGAAAUGCGAAGAAAUCAAAAUCGAGGGAAAGAAAAAGAAGAGCAAUUAGCAACAACAAUAAAGAAUCAACAAUUACAUACACAAACUACGUUUUUAGAAUCGCGUUUAUCUUCUCUUCAAAAUGAAUUGGAUCGUGCAAUAGAAUGUGAAAAUGUUGUUCGCAAAGCAUUGAAUGAUAGAAAAAUGUCUACAUCUACAGAAUUACUAAGCAAGUUGAAGGAAGUUAGCACUUUUCUGGAAGAACAUGCAAUAGAUAACAAAAACAUACCAAAUAAAUUAGAAGGACUUGAGUAUGUCAGUUUUGAUUCAUAUCAAAAUGCAUUAGAAAAGGUGAACCAUUUUUUUACGAAAUGCAUGAGGAGCGAAAGUUACCGAAAGGCGUUGACUUGGCAGAAAGAUUAUUUGAUGCGUGUCCAGAAAAGUUAUGAAGUUGCUGAAAGAAAAGCGAUCGCCGGAUUGAAUAUGACAAUAAAGAAACGCAAUUUGUCACCAAUACAAAAAUUUAGAACUGCUGUUUUCACUGUUAUUGCCAUCAGUAGGAUGCAGUAUUUAGUCAAGCGGUGGGAUGCUGGCAAAACCACAGUUGGACGGGUCAGCCAUAGUAGUAAAUUCUAUAAAAACAGACUGAGAGGAAAGACUGCAGAUGGAUCUAUACAAAAACAUGCUCAGCUAUAUUAGUUUUACAUUAUAAACAUUAAUUUUAAAUUUAGAUUUAUUAUAUAAUACUCACUUUUAUAUUUUAAUGAAUUUGUUUUAAUUAUCACCUAGUCAUAUUAGUAUAUGAAUACUUAUUUGUAAGUUGUACU